CUGAUGAGGCAAUUCAUCCUUCUAAUAGAAUCCAAUUCGAUGAGGAUGAUUAUGUUGCUGAAAAAAAUGUGGAGCCUUAUGAAAGUGGAGUGAUUACAGAGAAUUUGCCAGCAGGAUCUAGUAAUUGUUCAAGAGAUGUCAAUAUUAGAAUUAAUGAGUUUUGCAAGAGCUUGCUAAAUUGCCCAUGAAAUCAUCUUCACCUCUACUACUUAAAGCAGAAUUAUUGCAACUUAAUAUUGAAUGCCCUGUAGAUACCAUGAGUUAUAUUGUUGAUAAUAUUAGAAUCCCCUGUCUUCUCUAUUUUGUUAAGCAAGCGAGAAGAAUUAUAGACAAAAGUAGAAUUAAAACAGGUUAUAAGCUCCGAGAGGGUCUAUAUCAUUCAACAAACAAAGUAUUGGAAGACUUUAUAUAUGUGCUAAAGAAAUGUCUUCCAUCUCUUCUUUUGAAAAAUGACCAGUCAACAGCUUCAGGGUAUAUAUUUAAUAACAGGCAAGGUGGAAGGAGCAAGAGGAAAAUUAGUGGAUCAAGGGAGAUAAAGGCUGCAGCUAAAAAAUUGUCUAUGCCUGCUAUCCAAUCUAAGUUUCAAAUUUUGCUUUAUACUCAGUUAUAUGAGUUAAGGUCAAGGUUCAAACACAUAGAAGUCUCAUGCACAACACCUGUGAUGAGUAAGUUCACAACCAACGGGCAAACAACUCACAAUUUGGGGGAUAUCAACUUGACUCCAAAUCAGGGUAGCAGGAAUGCAAUGGAACUUGCUUUUCACAGUGUUGCUGAUUAGUUCAGCUUGGUGGACAUAGAUAAUAACUUUGGGGUGGACUCUCCUGCUGAAUUACAAAAUGGUCUUGUUCCUUUUGUUGGGGGUGGUAUGAUUGUUCCAUGUAAUCGAUCAUUAGAACAAGUUAGGCAAAAACCCCACAGAGCUGAAGUGCUAUUGGAUCCAGAGACAAAUAGACUGUGGAGAUCUUUGCAGGAAAAUGAAGGUGAUGACAAUGUUGAAGGCAUGGAUUCAUGCAAUCUAAAGUGGUGGGAGAAUGAAAGACGCGUUUUCGUUGGACGUGCUAAAUCUUUCACUGCCCGCAUGAAUCUCAUUUUAGGUGAGAGGAGGUUCUCUCCUUGGAAAGGGUCAAUUGUGGACUCUGUGGUUGGCGUUCUUAUUACCCAAAAUGUAUCAGAUCAUUUGUCAAGUUCUGCUUUUAUGUCCCUUGCUGCAAAAUUUCCUCUUCACAGAAAAAGGGGAGGGAGGAAGUUCUGAGAGAAAACUGACUAAGGAACAUGAAGAGACCUCUACUGAUGCCAUGGGAUGCCUAGACAACAUUCCUAGUCUAUUUAAUUGCGAUGCUCAAGAUCCUAUGGACAUUCAGUUAAAUGGGCAUCCGCUGGAGGACUUGACAAGCCAAUCUCACUACAUUCAAAAUUCUUUUGUUUCCAGUAGAAUGGAUAAUGAAAAUGCUAUGGUGUUUGAUGUGGAUGGAUGCAUUCCUGAACAUGUAGCAAUCAUUUCAAAAGCUUUUCGUGAGAAUGCAGAAAAUGAAUGUAGAGAUCGUCCUCGUGUUCUUUCUGAAUUGGUAGCAUGCUCUAACGUGAACAAUUAUCAUGUAUAUAAAAUGGAUGCUGAAAAGGAAGCUACCAUCAGUUCUUCAAGCGAGUUAGAUGCUCAUUUCAGGUUAGAAGAAAACACAUCAAAUGCAAAGAAAGCAAAUUCUGUUGAUGAAGGAAAAAUUGACUGGGAAGGGUUGAGGAGAAAAGUUGAUCCUGAAGGUGGUAAGAAAGAGAGGAGCCGUGAGAGUUUGGACUCAGUAGAUUGGUAAGCAGUGCGAAAUGCAGAUAUAAAUAAAAUUUCUGAAGCUAUUCGAGAGCGAGGGAUGAAUAAUUUACUGGCAAAUCGAA